UGCGCAAAUUGCCAGUCAAGCGUCCGUGGAUUCGCUUGGAGAGAAAGACAAGUACGAGAUUUCUCCAUAGAAAAUAACCGAAAAUAACAGAAGCUUUGCGUUGCUAUUGGAUCGUUGCGCUGCUCCCCUUUCCAGCCCGCUGAAUCCGAUUGGAGGGCUGGGAGUUGGGAUCCCGCCCCUGCAGCUCCUCUUAGGCCACGCCUACCGCUGCAACCUCCACUUCUGCCACCAACCACCCUACACUCACCUCCUCUCGCCCCCAUCAACCUCCUCACAGCAGCAGCUACCGUCAAUAACAUGUCCCGUCCUCUAUAUAACCCCUUAGGGGAUCAGUACUCUUCACAGGCCCAGAGAUCUGCCGCCCAGAUGGGGCAGUACGGACUCACACAAUCCCAGGCCGGAAGGGACCCUCUGGGGGCCUCCCGCCUUGGUCUGGGGUCUGGUGGUGGUGGUGGUGGUGGUGGUGGUUCCUCCGGCCAGGGAGGCAUGAUGUCCUCGAUGGUGGCCCAGCAGAUGGGGUAUGACCCGGGGCAGAGAUCGACCGGGAUGACCCCGGAGAUGGAGACCUCCAUAGACCACCACAUCCGCGGGGCCAGAGAGGAGGUGAGGCUGCUCAGCCAGUUGAUGCAGCAGAACAAGAACCAGCAGGUCUCACUGGACACCCAAGACCUUCGCCUAAGUCGUGACCCCAUGGACGAGCUCUCGUCUGGGGGAGGGCUGGGCGGUUACACCCCUGGCCGGACCUCCAGUGACCAGAAAAGUUCCAUGGACCCCUGGUCUGGCUUCCUGACCCAGUCUGCUUCCUCCAAACUCUUCUCCUCCACCCAUCCUCAGUACCAAAGCCAAACCUCUGGGUUUGGAGGUGCGGGAGUGCUGGGGUCCACCUCAAGAGGUUCCGAGGCUCCCAUGAGCGCCUCGUCCGCAGCCUCUCGUCCAGCCCGGUACACGUCUGAGUCCGCCAGCAGCAUCCUGGCGAGUUUUGGGUUGUCCAACGAAGACCUGGAGCUCCUCAGCCACUACCCAGACGAUCAACUGACCCCAGACAACCUGCCCUUCAUCCUCAGAGACAUCCGCAUCCGUAAGGCCAAUGGAACUAUCGAUGUGGACCCUCGGCCCAAGGUAGGCGGUGGACCUGGCCCAGGGUCCGACCACGGUGGUGGAGGACAGAGCAAAGUGAUCGAUUACGAACAUUCUCGUGCUACUAAAUACGACAGUUAUGAUGAUGGUGAUAAUAGCCAACCCGAUAAUUACAGCUCGCGCAAUCCGCUCCCGAAAGAGAAGCCAAAAUAUGACAUGGUCAGAGACUCGCUGAGCGGGUACGCCGGCCAUUCCAUGACCUCCGACCUUUCCAAGCAGCGUACCCAACAGCAGCACAUCCACAGCCCUGCGGUCCAGAGCCCCAUCCCCAUGACAGACGCAGGCUCUCGCAUCGGCCUUCCUCCGCCUUCCAGCCAACCCCAGCAGACCCUCAAAACCCACGGCUCAUCCUCUAAAGCGACAUCCAAGCCCAUGAACAUCCCUGUCCGCAGCGGAGACCAAGGACUAAACCGACUCCUGGCGUCCCAGAAUCAAGGCAACGCUCGUGGCCACGCUCAGCCCCGGUCCGGCCUGGUGGUUCUUGGUGGUGGAGGUGGAGCUGGGGUCGGAAUUCCAGGACUCAGGGUUGGAGGUGUCCCGGUCGGGGUUCCUCCUCCCACGACACCCCCCAUUUGGCCUUCCAUAUUCCCCAUCAUGAACCCGUCAAUCCCACCUCCUGGUCAUGUCCCGGUGACUUUUCCUCCGCCCCGGAUUGGUCCGAUGCCUUCCAUGCACCAGCAGAUGAACCUACCUCCCCAGAUGAUGAUGAUGACGAAGAGGUUACCGACCCCGACCAUGAUGAGCGAUUACUCCGCAGCUUCUCCAAGAUUCUUUCCUCAUACCUGUUCUCUCUGUAACAUAGAAUGUGCCCAUCUAAAGAACUGGAUUGAGCAUCAAAACACAGGUCUCCACGUUGAGAAUUGCCAUCUACUCAGGAAAUCGUAUCCCGACUGGAACGUGGAAACUGUCGCUGUAUCACGUAGAAAUGAAAGCAUCCAGUUGUCCUCCAAGCGCCGUCGGACAACACGCUCCGCCUCCCGUUCUUCAUCCUGGUCUCGCUCUCCUUCUCCUCUUCGCGCCUUCUCCUACCACACCCCUUCCUCCUCUACUCGCCGACCUCGAUCCAGGGAACGAUCCAGGGAACGAUCCCGCGAACGUCGACACAACACCACCACCCGGCGUUCCCGGUCUCCGGGUUCACUUCGGGGCAGGGAGAGAGAACGUGACCCUCCGGCCUCGGGAUCGUCUUCCCACCUUUUAAAUGGGAUCAGGAACGUCGACCUCAGACAGCCUCUUCAUCCCGGAACAUGGUCGCGCUCUAGGAGCUAUGAGCGGGAGAGAGCGAGGGAACGUCGGGAGACGACGAGGAGGAGCAGCCUGCCGAAGUCUAACAGUGCUGAGAGACUGGCCAAGAAACUACUGGAGUCAUCUGCUGGCCUCUCCCUGACGGAGAACACCAGUCUAGAAGUUAUGAUGCAGUCCCUCGCCCCCGCGCUCCUGGCAGAGCUCGCCAAGAAGAAGGGAGCCGCCGCCUCCUCCUCUUCCUCCUCGAAGGGAGGUGCCUCUCGGAAAACUGAAACGGGAAUGUCCAAGUCGGGAAGCAAGCUCGGAUCGGGAAGGUCAUCAACCAGGAAAUCGUCCUCUCCCUCCAAGUCAUCCAGCUCCACUUCUACCAAGACUAAGAAGAAACGAGGCCCAGGGACCUCAGCUCUGUUAAAACUGAUGAAUAUCCCUCAGCACACAGCUCAUGAUGAGGUGAUGAAGGCUGUAGAACCCUUCGGAAAGAUCAACAACAUCAUCCUGCUCAAGUCCAUACAGCAGGCAUCAGUAAUGUUUGAAAAAGAGGAGGAUGCCAGACUGCUGGCUAACUGUAAGACACUGACCAUCAGAGGCCAGGUCGUUAUCAUACGAAUGGAGGAAGAGACUCUGCUGGAGGACUCAAAGGAACUGGACCGGGACAAGAAGUCUUCUUCUGAAAAGAAAGCGACAGCAGCCCAGUCCCAGACCGGCACCACCAAGUCAACUAAAACAUCUACCAAGUCUUCAACGACCGCAACUAAACCGCAAACUGCCGGUACCAAGAACGCACCCAAGGUGUGUGGAUCUAAUACCAAGUCCAAGGGGAAAAGUCCCCUCGGUCCUCAGCAGCCUGACAUUGUGAAUAAUCGGUUUGUGAAGAUCGAAGGUUUACCAGAAACUGGAUACACAGAGGAAGAUGUUCUGGCUCUGGUGAAGCCUUACGGAUAUAAACCUGGACUCUACAACUGUUUCAUUCUGCCCAACCAGAGAUGGGCCAUAAUCCGUAUGGAGAGAGAACAGAAGAGCUUUGCUAUGUUGACCAACUACACAGAGACCCCUCCUAAACUACUAGACUGUCCCCUCACCUUCACGCUGACCCGCCCUGAUACAAACCUCCUCCAGGUAACACACACACACACAGACACACACACACACACACCCCCAGUCCAGUCAUCAUAGCCGUGUGUUGUUCUGUUUCAGGAGGGUGUGUACACCACUCUGAUGGGCCUCACCACUACGGAUCCAACGUUGAAGGAACGUCUUCUGAUUGUCAGUAACGUCCCCGCAGGGACUGCAGCAUCCCAGGAGGUUCACGACCUCGUCAAGCGCUUCGGCUCCUACCUCGACUCGCUGUCUCUGAUCAACAGGAUCUAUUUUGAGAUGGAAUCGUCGUCGGUGGCGAUGACCGUGUGUCUUCAUUUCCAGAAGUCCCCCAGUGUAGUUCAGAACAACCCUCUGAAGUUCAGCUUGCUGGUCAAGGAUAAACCAGCACCGCAGCCCCCAGCCCAGAAGACAUCUGUUGUCAGCACCAAAGCCAAGAAGAAACCAAUCAAAGGCAAGAAGCCUGUAGCUAAAGAUGUCACAACCCCAGUUAAACCUGUUACUUCCACUACUACCAGCACCAAUGCUACAGUCUCAUCCUCUCAGCCUGUUGCUGUGGCGACCAAGCAACCGGGUGACGACGUCAUUGUCGCGGAGGUCAAGCAACCAGGAAGUGACGUCGUGGUGAUGAAUUCCGACGGAAAGGCAACGGUGGCGGAGUCUGGAGGGAAAGAGGGUGGGAUUUCCUCGACUAAAGAUGGGAAGAAGAAGAACGCUCAUCCUCCCAAAGAGGAUGGAGGGAUGAAAACUGAGGAGGAGGCAAACGGAAACAAGGAAGACACUGCGACCGUCGUCGUUUCCGCCUCGUUACCUACGGUCGCCGUGUCCGCUCCUGAGGAAGAGGUCGCCAUGGAAACCCAGAGCACCGACGGCGUUGCCUCGACCAAUGAGGUUGCAGCAGGACCCGAACAGGUUCUAGCUGCGGUCCCACAACAGGGCAGUGAUGUCAUUGCGUUGGCUAGUGAAACCGUGACGACUGUGGCCACAACAGAACCUCGUCUGAUCUCCGCUGUGGAGGGAGCUGAUAACGUGGCCAAUCCCGUCGACUCUGACACCGUUGCUGCCUUGGUACCGGCACAAACACCGGCUCCUGUCCCGGUAGAGUUAAAUGUUGAAGACAAACCUCAGGACUUUCCUCCGGUCACCGAGGAGAUCCUCAAGGCCCUGGAGGCAGCGGUGCACCAACACCGUAUGGGGAGACUGGCGGAGGAACAGGCGAAACAGGAACACAACCAGGGAGAGGGGAUCCAGGCCAAGCCUCUACCCAACCAGGAGAGCCCUGCAGCUGGGGAGACGGCGGAGAGAAAGACCCCGGCUGAGUCAGAAGAGAAGACUGGGGAGAAAGAGACGGCGAAGAAAGAGGAGCCGCGACCAGAGAAGAAGACACAGCCGGACAAGAAGACCACCGACACGAAGAAGACACCUUCAGGAUCUGGCCAACCAGACCACAAGAAUGGGAAGACCGAGGCUUCCGGAGGGAGAGGCCGGCGCCUCUCCCCAGAAAGGAGAGACUCUUCAAGGCAUAGAAGCAGCCGUGCUCCUUCCGAGGAGGAGCAGGAUCCUUCGACGUCUAGACAGGGUAACUCCUCUAGCUCCUCUUCUGGCUCUCGCAGGAGCAGCAGACCCGACGGCAGCCCCGCCAAGAAGAAGGGGAGGAAAGAAGAGGAAGAGGAGAGGAGCAAGAGCCUCGGUAGCAGCAGUAAAACGACCCUCUCCUCUAGGAGCAGGUCUAAAGACACGGCUAGUUGCUACGCUGGAGAUGAGUUUACGUCUGACGUCAUCCCCGAUGAAGCCAACUCCUUCGAUCUGGACCAGUUCAACAUGGACCAGUUUGUUACUGUGGAUGAGGUGCAAGGGGAUGAGGCUGAGAACACCAACCCACCGCAGUCAUCCUCAUCUCCGUCGCACAAGACCCAAGAUAAGGCCUCGGAAAGGUCAAAACGAUCGUCCAAACGCAAGAGGGGUACCCCAGAUACCCCAUCUCCGAAAUCUAGCCUGGAGCACAAGGAGACACCCACGUCCUCCUCCUCUACCCCCCCUGCUCAGAAGACUCCACGAAAAGCCGCAGCAAAAAAGGCAGCAGCUAAACCUCAACCACCUGCCACCUCUGGACGCAAGACCAGGUCAUCAGCGGCUGUUGUUGUAGCAACCGAAGCCGCAGAAACCCAGGAAGCUGCCGACGACAACACCAGCAUAGCCGAUACAGAGGCGGAGCCUGUUCCCUUGGAGACUCGGUCUCAGUCGGAAGAGGAAGUCGUAGUGGUCACUAAGGGAUGUGACACGGAUGAUGUAGUACCGUCAUCCCACCACAAGAUGUCAGUAUUGGACACUGCAGUGACCGACAACAAGGAAGAGAAAAGUGCUGUGUCAGAAAGCGAUAUGGAGACUACCGCUGAAAAAUCUCCAGAGAUAGAGGGGAGCGAGGAGACGACCCAGGCUGAAAAAGGUUCCUCGAAUCUGGGUACCGAGGCUCAGAAUGGAGCCUGUCCCCUGGAGCUUGGUCUGACCCAUCCUUCUGCCUCAGCCAAGGAGCGAAACCUUCAGAAGGCCCUGCAACUACAAGAGGUGGAGACGGUGUCGGGUCACCAGGUGCCCCAAUCACUUAUUGAUAAAGUACCAGAUGAUGAUGAUGGUGAUUUCCAGAUACUCGACGAAGCUGUGGAUGAUGACACACCUAGAGACGGAGAAGAGGGCAGUCAAGACACUCAAGAACAGUCUGGAUCUCUAUCUCUGGGUUACCAGGCGCCUGCAGCCUCCGAAUCUACAGGUUCCCAGGUGCCUCAAGCUACACUAGAGGAACACGAAGAGAUCUCCAACGACGAAGAAUCUGCUUUCCAGAUCCUCGACUCUCUAGAAGACACUGAAGACAACAUGGCCGACUCCUCUCUCACAGGCCAAGGAGGCCGAAGAGAUUCUCUACCCAGAGAGAUGGAGGGGUUCCAGAUACUAGAUUCAGUCGACGAUCAGACGGAAACGACCCAAGUUCUGGACAACCAUACGACUGACUCUAAAUGUCAGGGGGGCUCCAAGCCUCUAAAGGGGGGUAAGAAGACACCCCAAAAGAAGGGGAAGAAGGAGAUUAAGAAGGUAUCCAAAACUCAAGGGACCAAGACCCCAACAGGAGAGUCCGAGGGGGGUACCCCAAAAAAGAGUAACCUUGUCACCUUGGAUGAGGUCAGCGAGGAGGAGGAGGAUUACCCAGAUGACGCCGCCGAAGAGGAAGAACUUAUUAAGAAACAAAAACUGGUGAAGGAUAAGCAGCGAGAGAAGGACAGAGGGAAGGAGAGAGAGAAAGGGCGGAGGAGGAGUAGAGAGAAGGAACGGACGAGGGAGGAGGAGAGAGAGGAGAGGGUCGGAGUGGAUACUGAGGGCUUGGUGACUUUGGAUGAGAUCGGAGAGGAUGACGGAGCGGAGGGGCCUUGCCUGGAGCCACUCCCCUUCAGCCAGGAGGACGAAUCAGGAGACACCUUCAACCCAGAGACUCUGGUAACCCUGGAUGAGGCUGGAGGUGAUGGGGAGGAUGAUGAGGAGGAAGAGCAGAACAAGAGUCCUGAACCAGCGCAGAACCAGCAAACUGAUCACACAGCUGAUGCUACAGGGUCUCCUGGUGCAGAGGACGACGGCAGGGGCAUGGAGGAAAUCAGGAGAAUGGACUUUGUGACCGUGGAUGAAGUGGGAGAGGAGGAGGAGGAGGAGGAGGCUGUUACCACAAGGAGAGGAGCCAGGGGGAGGAAGAGGGCCCGACAGACCUCUGCCAGGAAACCAGUGAAGGUGAAGAAGGUGAGAGUUACAGAAGAGGAAGAGGAGGAGCCUCGGGCAGAUACGACUCCUCCCACUGACACAGCUUCCGUUGACGCUCCCUCCUCAUUGCUCCAAGUCGCUGUGACCUCAGAGGUGGACGCCCAACCAGCUGCCUCGGUCCCAGACCUCCAGGAGAAAGAGAGGAAGGCUGAUACCCCGGCAGACCAACCCAGCCUGGAGGCCUCCUCAGCAGGGCAGGAGAGGCAGACGGACCCCCCUGAGAACCAGAGUCUGGAGGGGAAACAGGAGACAACAGAUAUCAGUGUUGGAAAAGCUUGGACGGACUCCACGACACCACAAGAAGCCAGUGAACAGAGAAGAGAGGAGGAAGAGGAGCCUGAAUUAAAACGUUGUCGUUCUGAGUCUCCACUGAUCACAGACUUCAAACUGCCUCCCUUCAGCCCUCACAACCCUAUAGGCCAGGACUUUGUGGUUCCUAAGACAGGGUUCUUCUGUAGGUUGUGUUCUCUGUUCUACGUUCUGUAGCAGUCUGCAACACUAUCAGAACAUGCAGCCAAGAAGACCCACUGUAGCAGUCUGCAACACUAUCAGAACAUGCAGAAAUAUUACCUGAAGCGUCAGAAGCAACAAGCAGGAAGUUCUAGCCUCGGCUCCGUCUCCAAAUGACCCCCUUGACCCUGGAUGUUUCACAAAUGGCACCCUAUACCCUAAAUAGUGCACUACUUUUAGACCAGAGCCCCGUAGUGCUCUGGUGGCAGGGUGCCAUUUGACUCCCAACUCAAUCUAUAUUUUCUAAUUUGUGUGUCUGAAACAACUGUAAGUCUGGUCAUAAUACUACACUAUAUGGGGAGACAGAGGAUCUGAGUACAGGAGUGUAGAUCCAGGAUCUGUCCCCCAGUCCAUAUAGUUAUAGAUCAGU